GCCUCAUUCUGUGCAGACGUCCAGAGGUGCAGCAUGCCCUUACCGAGGCGCAGGGCUUCCUUCCUGGGGCAACAGCCCUCCACUUCCGCAGCAGAGGGCUCUGGGGCUGCCAGCCGCAGGGUGAGCAUUGGCGGAGGAGGAAGCUUGUCCAGACAGUCAGGGGUCUAUGUGGGCAUUGUUCCGACGGGAGGUGUGAGCAGCCUGGGCACCCGGGUGUCCCGCAGAGCCUUGGGUAUCAGCAGUGUCUUCUUACAAGGCCUCCGCAGCUCUUGCUCAUCCGUCCCAUUGCCCCAAGGGCUGGAAAGGGGACGGGGCCUGUCCUAUGAGAGCCUGAAUGGCUGCCUGGUGGACUACAUUGAAAAGGUGAGAGCGUUAGAGCAGGUCAACCAGGAACUGGAGGACCGUAUCCGUGUUUACCUGAACAAGAAAUCUUCCAACGCCAACAACUGGGGAGCCCUGAGAGAGAGCUGGGAGUCCAUCUACCACCAAGUUGGAGAUGCAGUCCUUGAAAACGCCCGGCUCAUGUUACAGACAGAGAAUAUUCAAGCCUGUGCUGAUGAUAUUAAAGACAGGUAUGAAAAUGAGCAACCAUUCCGAAAGGCAGUGGAAGAUGAAAUUAACUCACUCUAUAAAGUGAUUGAUGAUGCAAAUUUGACUAAAGUGGACCUGGAGGGUCAGAUUGAAAGUAUGAAAGAAGAACUAACUUUGCUGUCAAAGAAUCAUGAAGAGGAUGUCAAGAUGCUUUACAAGCAGCUUGCUGUAUCACCACUGGAAGAAUUAGAUGCUCCCAUUGCAACUGGUCUGGAUGACAUCUUGGAGAAAAUCCGGAUUCACUGGGAAAGAGAUAUUGAACGGAACCGUGCUGAGACUGGCGCAUUGCUCCACACCAAGCAACCUACAGAAACAGCCCCUGCUGUCCGAACCCAAGAGGAGGAGCUGGUGGAAACCCUGAGGGCAGAAUUUCAUGAAACAGCUUGCAAAAUUCAGAGCCUGCAAGCAGAGACGGAAUCGCUGAGAACACUGAAGAGAGGAUUGGAGAACUCCCUCUACGAUGCCAAGCACUGGCAUGACAUAGAGCUUCAGAAUUUAGGCUCAGUUGUUACCAAGCUGGAAGCUGAAGUAGGAGAGAUCCGAAUGGAGACUGAGCAGCAUCAGAGGGAUCGUGAAACUUUGCUGUCCAUUAAGACACAGCUGGAGAAAGACAUUGCUGCGUAUCACUGCCUUCUGGACAAAGAAGAGAGCAGCUGAUUUUCACAUUCUUUGUCUUCAGAAGACAAUUAUUGCCAUUCAGACAAAAGAUGAUCUCACUGGCAAA